AUGGAGCCUAGCACUGAGAACGAGGAAGGGAGGACACCUGCCUACACGUUCUUCAGCCGUUUAUCGCAAACUGCAUGUCGUUUCAUUGACCGCUGCGAACGUUCGCUCCAUCAUACAAACCGGAGCCAGUACCAGCCCAAUGAAGAGCAUCAAAGAAAGUGGUUCGUCACGAGACGCUCGCAUCCUCGCGAAUGUCUCGCCGAAUCCUUAGCGACAUUUGUCAUGAUCUGCUUCGGCUUGGGCGUGAACAACCAAGUGAGUUUAUCCAAUGAGACCCACGGCACGUGGCUCAGUAUCAAUAUGGCCUGGGGUAUUGGCAUCCUCAUGGCCGUGUACUGCUCGGAAGGUGUCAGUGGCGCUCACUUGAAUCCAGCAGUUUCAUUUACGCAUGCUGUCUACGGACGCCUGCGAUGGUGGAAGCUGCCGGGUUACUGCUUGGCACAACUCGUGGGUGCAUUUGUUGGUGCUGCAGCCAUUUACUUGCUGCAUUACGAGAAGAUCCAACAGGUUGACCCCACCUUGGCUACGACGCAGACAAAUUUUGUCACGCACCCAAACGUCGACAUCAAUAACUAUACCGCUUUCUACACGGAGGCUUUGGCUUCGGGGUUGCUGCUGCUGUGCAUUUAUGCGAUCACGGAUCAGAACAACCGCUCGCCUGGUACGGUGGGCACGCCUUUUGCGUUUGCCCUCAUGAUCAUGGCACUUGGGAUGAGUUUUGGAAUGAACACGGGGUAUGCCAUGAAUCCUGCUCGUGAUCUCGGUCCUCGUCUUUUGACGUACGCGGUCGGAUACGGCUCGAAGGUGUGGACGGCAAACAGCUACUACUUCUGGAUCCCGAUUGUAGGUCCGCUGGUAGGCGGUGUAAUUGGUGCCGGCUUGUACCGAUUUCUUGUCCAGAUGCAACACCCGUAUGAACAAGAGCCCUAG